AUGGGACCGCAAGGUAAACGAUGGCCGAAGUGGAAGCAGCGGCGCGAUAACUCGGGCGACGACGUCACGGAGGAGAACCGCGCGAAGAAGCUGCACCACGGCGUGAAGUGCAUUCGCAAGGCGCUGAAGAAGGCGAGGACGUUCGAGGAGCGCAAGAUCCAGCGCCGCGCGACGCAAGCGGCGGCGGCGACGAUGACACCGACGAGCGCGAACAAAGUCGACGCCGCGAAGCUCUCCACGCAGCUCGCGGCGGCUCGCGCGCUCGACGUCGACGCCCUCGGGGCGCACGUCGGCGAGAUGACGCUGCGCGCGGUGCUCCGCGGCGAAGACGCGCCGUCCGCGGCGGAGGCGCUGCCGGCGACGAACGACUCGGAGACGAAGGCGUCGUCGAAAGCCGUCGGCGCCGCGGCGGUGAAAGCCGCGGGGACGACCGCCGCGCUCGUCGUCGCGCGGCGCGUGCUCGCCGCGGCGUGCGUUCGAGAGGAAAUCAACGCGCUGCAGGAGAAGCUCGCGCUCGUGGGGGACCGGCAGGAGUGGGCGAAGGGAAGACUCGCGAGAGAGGAAGCGCGAAGGAGAGCGAAAGAGGACGAGAAAGCGAAGAAGGAGGCGGCUCGAGAGGAGGCGCAGAGAGAGAGAGAGGAAGCGAAACGGCGGACGACGAGCCGCGGUCCGGGAGACGUCGACGCGCAGGUGGACGACGUGGACGACGACGUGGACGACGACGAGGACGAGGAGGAGGAGGAGGAGGAGGAGGACGACGGCGAGAGCGAGAGCGAGGAAGAGGAAGAGGACGAGAGAGCGUCCGAGUCUGAGUCCGAGUCUGGCGACGCGUCCGCGUCCGACGGCGAGCGCGGGGACCUCGAGGAGGACGACUGGAGCAGCGGCGGCGAAGAGAACGCGCGGCCGGAGCUCAGCGACAGCGACUCGGAGAGCGACAGCGACGACAUCGUCAUCCGCGACGACGACGGCGAGCUCCGAAAGUUUCUUGCGGCCGAGGGCGAGGAGGAGGAGGAGGAGGAGGAGGAGGAGGACGACGACGCGCGGUUCGAGCGCGAGAGCGACAGCGACGUGGACCCGGACGACGAGCUCCCGCCCGAGCUCGCGAGGAUCCUGGGCGUGGACAAGAAACCCGCGAAGCCGUCGAGCGCGCGCGCCGCGGGUAAGCCGGAAAAGCCGUCGGACGCGAAGGGAAAAAACGCCCGCGGCGGCGCGGCGAAGAAGGCGCCGCCGGCGAAAAAGCCGAAGAAGCGCAUGGGCCAACGCAAGCGGCGGCUGCUCGCGGAGCAGAUGCACGGCGACAACGCGAAUCACAUCAAGAGAUCGCGCGAGGAGCGCGAGCGCGUGGAGCGGCAGAAGCGCGAGCAGGAAGAGAACAUGCACCCGGCGUGGGCGGCGAAACGCGCGGCGGCGGCGGCGGCGACGGCGGCGGCGCCGAAGGGUAAGAAGAUGUCCUUCGGCGAGGACGGGUCGUCGCCGAUGCAGACCGUCCCGCCGCCGCCCGCGAGAGGAGGCGGCGGACGCGGCGGCGGUCGCGGCGGUCGCGGAGGUCGCGGUGACGGCGGCGGCGGGAGAGGCGCGCCGCGGACCGCGGGACGCGAGAGAGGCGGCGGCGGCGGCGGCGCGAAGCCGCCGCCGCGGAGGGGCGACGACGAGGGGAAGAGAGCUUCUUCCGAUAAGGCGUCGAAGCCGAGACCGAGGAAGGUGUACGUCGGCGAGAUCAAAGGCGGCACCGGCGAGGUCGUCGGGACCGUCACGAAGCCGAUGGGUCCGAGCGGGAACAAGGAUAAGGACGCGGCGCGGAAAAGUCCCGGCGGCGGCGGAGGCGGCGGGGGGCGUUUCGUCAGCGCGGAGGAAGCCGCCGCCGCGCACCCAUCGUGGUCGGCGAAGAGGAAAGCCGCGGACGAGGCCUGGGGGGCGACGAAGCCGUCCGGGAAAAAGAUCACGUUCGACGACUGA